CAACCCAACCCCUGAGGCCGACAGACCAGUGUCUGUCCACCCUUCUCGUUCUCGUCUCCCCGCUUCCUUCGCCUCGACUCAAAUCAAACACCACAACCAAAACACCCACCCCAACCCACCCAUGCGCACUCCGCCGCCUCACUCCACCCUCCUCCACGUCUCCGCCGACGCCGCGCACUAGCGACCAAGGGAGGGAGGGAAAAGGCGAUGGCGGGGGGUGGGGAGAAGGUGGACUACGUGUUCAAGGUGGUGCUCAUCGGCGACUCCGCGGUGGGCAAGUCGCAGAUCCUGGCGCGGUUCGCGCGCAACGAGUUCAGCCUCGACUCCAAGGCCACCAUCGGGGUCGAGUUCCAGACGCGGACGCUCGUCAUUGAGCACAAGUCCGUCAAGGCGCAGAUCUGGGACACCGCCGGCCAGGAGAGGAAUGGAACCGGAGAAUAUGAAAUUGGCUCUCGACCCGGGCACUGUUUCGCUGCGGGCUGCGCGAGUGGUACCAAAUCGAGAUCUUUAACGAGGUACAGAGCUGUCACAAGUGCAUACUACAGAGGUGCGUUGGGAGCUCUGCUAGUCUAUGAUAUCACCAAACGCCAGAGCUUUGACCACAUACCUCGCUGGCUGGAAGAGCUCCGUGGCCAUGCUGACAAGAACAUUGUCAUCAUGCUGGUUGGCAACAAGAGCGACCUUGAAGACAAGCGUGCGGUGAGUACCGAAGAUGCCAAGGGGUUUGCCGAGAAGGAGAACCUCUUCUUCCUUGAGACCUCCGCUCUUCAGGCCACCAAUGUUGAGAACUCCUUCCAGACCGUCUUGACGGAGAUCUUCAAAAUCCACAGCAAGAAAAACAUGGCGGCGGAUACAAAGGCCAACGGGUCUGCCCCAUCGCUGGCGGGGAAGAAGGUCCUUGUCCCAGGCCCGGCACAGGAGAUCUCGAAGAGCAAGUGCUGCAGUUCCAUGUAAUCGCUUCAUCGAAUUGCUUGGGUUUGCGUUUAUCGAUAUACUCAUGUAUGCGAUUGGUCUGGAUGUACAUCCUGACAGAAAUAGGGGUAGACCGAUGUGGAGCAUUGUUUGUUUUGAUGUGCAGACUGAAGGGAUUGGUAUCGUAGCUUAGAUUCGUCACCCGCUGCUAUGGUGACAUGAGGAUAGGGAGCGAAUGGAAUCGCUCUAUUUUCAUAGAUUGCGGGCUUGAUUACCAAUAGCUGUGUAUGCCGAUUGUUUUAUGAUGCCUCCAACCUCGUAUCUACUAUAUACAUUAUAUAGAUUAGUUGAUGUGGU